AAGAAUUGAAGGAUUUGUUUUGAAAAAAGAAAAACACAUUUAAUGAAUUACAUGGACUUUGCAAACAGAUUUAAGGAAAUGAAAGUAAAAAUUUGAACAUCAUCCAGGCUACAGAGGUUGCAGUGGAUAAGAAGUAUAAAAGAUUUGGUUCAAGAUUACAGGAGGCUGCAAGAAAAAUUAAGGACAUGGAAAUGAGGAUGGAAUGACAGGCUGCUAUUUUGCCUCAGAAUACUGAAGAUUGUAAAGCAUUGAGAAAUCGAAUUCAUGACCCUGGAAAUCAAGCUCAGAUUAAGAAAUGUCAGAUACCAGUCUUUCAGGACUUGCUUUCUGACAUUGGGACUUAAGAUGCAGCAACUGCUUGUAGAAGUUAACUGGGGGACCUCAGUGAUUUGCAUUGGUGUUGGACUAACUUGGACUAUCAAGCAAAUAAGUUGCCGCGGCGACAGAAAGCCCGGAGCACCGUGACUUCUCUAGAGACACAGCCUUGAGAGAGGCUGGUCCAAAGCGCGUGUGAGCAGCUUCGAGCAGUCGAGUGAUUCCAGCUCAGCUCAGUAGUAGUUGAGUGAUUUCAGCUCGGCAGCGGUGGCGGCGGGCAGGCGACACAGGAAGCAGGGACGAGAAAGCUGGUCCAGCGUUCCACCAAGGCACAAGCCUUUAUUCAGGCAGAGCUUCGGUGAAGGGUUCCGGCAACAGCGAAUCUCCCAAACAGGGGAAAAUCCGGGGCAUUCGACCUCCGAUCAUGAAUGGGCCCAUGCACCCGCGCCCUUUGGUAGCGUUGCUGGAUGGCAGGGACUGUACAGUAGAAAUGCCUAUUCUGAAGGAUGUAGCCACAGUGGCAUUUUGUGAUGCUCAGUCUACACAAGAAAUUCAUGAAAAGGUACUAAAUGAAGCAGUGGGUGCACUGAUGUAUCACACUAUAACUUUAACUCGAGAAGACCUGGAGAAAUUUAAAGCACUUCGAAUAAUUGUCCGAAUUGGCAGCGGUUUUGAUAAUAUUGACAUCAAAUCUGCUGGAGAUUUAGGGAUCGCCGUGUGUAACGUGCCAGCCGCCUCCGUAGAAGAAACGGCAGAUUCCACCAUGUGCCACAUCCUGAACCUGUACAGGAGAACCACCUGGCUGCACCAGGCCCUGCGGGAAGGCACGAGGGUACAGAGCGUCGAGCAGAUUCGGGAAGUGGCCUCUGGAGCUGCCCGGAUCAGAGGGGAGACCUUGGGCAUUAUUGGAUUAGGGCGUGUUGGGCAAGCAGUAGCAUUACGUGCCAAAGCCUUUGGCUUCAGUGUGAUUUUCUAUGACCCAUACCUCUCAGAUGGCAUGGAGCGUGCUCUGGGACUGCAGCGGGUGAGCACUUUGCAGGACCUGCUGUUCCACAGUGACUGUGUUACCCUGCACUGCAACUUGAAUGAACACAAUCAUCAUCUUAUUAAUGACUUCACCAUAAAGCAGAUGAGACAAGGGGCUUUCCUGGUCAACACAGCUCGAGGUGGGUUAGUAGACGAAAAAGCACUUGCACAGGCCCUGAAGGAAGGAAGGAUACGAGGGGCAGCCUUAGAUGUACAUGAGUCAGAACCAUUCAGCUUUAGUCAGGGCCCCUUGAAGGAUGCACCAAACCUGAUCUGUACCCCACAUGCAGCCUGGUAUAGUGAACAAGCCUCAAUUGAGAUGCGGGAGGAAGCAGCACGAGAGAUCCGAAGGGCGAUCACAGGUCGUAUUCCAGACAGUCUGAAAAACUGUGUUAAUAAAGAUCACUUGACUGCAGCUACACAUUGGGCCAGCAUGGACCCUGGAGUUGUUCAUCCAGAGCUUAAUGGUGCUGCAUACAGCAGGUAUCCCCCAGGCGUUGUAAGUGUGGCUUCCACUGGCAUACCUGCAGCAGUAGAAGGAAUAGUCCCCAACCCCAUGUCUCUAUCACACGGCCUCCCUGCUGUAGCCCACCCGCCCCAUGCUCCUUCCCCCGGCCAAACUGUCAAACCAGAAGCUGAUAGAGACCACCCGAGCGACCAAUUGUAGCCAACAACAGCAUUCCCAACAUCCGAGACUUCAACCGCGUGUGGAAAACAACACAACACAAAACCCUGGAUUUUGAUUAAAGGCAAAACCAUGAACUUACAGGAGGAGACGAUUAUUGGUUUAGAAACUGGUCCAAUAUACAGUAUAAAAGGAAAAGGUGGGAGACAAAAAGAAGAUUUGGAAACAUUUUUUCCUCCGUAUAAAUUGUAGUUUGUCCCUGUCCAGUGGACUGAUUCACUGUUUCUGUGUCCUAUGGGUUCUUUGUUAAGCAAGAGAAGUUAGUAGUUAAUUAUAUCAUGAAUGUACUUGUCUGUGUACAGUUUCUAGAACAUUAAAAAGGGUUUGUUUGCUUAGCUGUCAACAAGGAAAAACAUAAGGGAGGCAUUCAACAAACCAGUUUUGAGAUUAAAAAUCCUUUCUUUUAUAUUUUCAAACAUGCCCAAAAAAGAGGCAGUUGGCAAACUUCUCAGGACAAUGAAUUUUUCCCAUUUUUCUUUCUACGCCACACAGUGCAUUGUUUUUUCUACCUGCUUGUCUUAUUUUUUAGAAUAAUUUAGUAAACAAAAGAAAAACAGUUUCUCCUAAUUUUGGCAUGAAUUCCCUUAUUUCAAAAUGAAGACAACCUUGCAAAGAGAUUUUGAGGAAAAAAAGAGGUUUUGUAUAAACGAGCAUUGUGCUUUUUGUCACCAGUUAAAGUAUAUAUUAUUGGUGGUAUCUGGAAAAGGCACUAGACUACUGAAAAGUAGCAGCAUUUCAUUGCCUACAUUGAUUCCUUCCUGGUAAUGUGGUAGGCUAGCAAUAUUUUUGGUUAAAAUCAUGUUUGUGACUGUAACCAUUUGUAUGAAUUAUUUUAAAGAAAUAAAAAUCCCAGACAAAUACCAUAUGUGUAAAAAUUUUUAUUUCUAGUAACUGUUUAUUCAACUUUUAUUAGGUUUCUUAGCUGUAAUUUUUAAACAGAUGCUGUCAAGUAUUUCAUUUCUAGCUUUACUUUGCUCUCUGUUGUUUGUAAUACUGUCUUGGAAGCUUGAAAAAUAAAAAAAAAAAAAAUUCUUUCCAUACCAUUUUUCCCUUUACAUUUCGUAAAUGUUGAUCUUUUUUCCUGUGUUUCUAAUGGAGUUUGAAAUUAAGAUGGAUUUUGAUUUGUACACCGGCAUCAUCAGCUACAAUGUGGUAACAGCAUUUAUGCCACCACUGUGGGCAGAGCAGAGGAGGUACAACAGCAACACAACAACAACAGUAAUAAUAAUAAUAAAUGUCUUUUGCCGAAGUCCAACA